UUCGAGUAGAGUGUUUAAGCAAGAUGAAGUGGAAGGCAGGAAGGCAGAUGUUAAUUUUACUAUCAACAUAAUAAGAACAUAAACGAGGAUUAUUUCCAAUGGAGAAGGAAAUACUGCAGGAAACUGAGCAUGGUGCUGAAAGAGAUUCCACUCAGGCUGUCUGUGUUCAGAGCUCGAUCAGGGCUGAGUCCAGGGGGACUGUGAACGCUCCCUCACUGAGCAACAGCCACUUCUCAGCUCCAGUCAUCUUUAACUUCAACACGAGUGAUGCAGGCCGUGGAAAAGAAAAUUCAAGGGUAUGUGAUGAGACAAGAAAGCAGGCAGUUUGUGAUAAACUGAAGUCGUGCACAAGACAGCGAUGCUCAAUGAUCUACGAAGGGACAUCUGAUGGAGGAAGCAGCAUAGCUUUGACCGACAUCUACACAGAGCUCUAUAUUGUGGAAGGUCAUACUGGGGGAGUCAGUCAUCAGCAUGAGGUGUGGCAGAUUGAAGCAAUGUCAAGGGCAAUUGCUGUGGGCACUUCAAUUGAGUUCAGCGACAUUUUCAAAGUGCCUUCAGACUCAGAAAACCUGAGAACGGUGCUGACUCUAGGGAUUGCAGGGGUAGGAAAGACGGUGUCCGUGCAGAAGUUCGCCCUUGAAUGGGCUGAAGGAAAAACCAAUGAGGAUAUAGAGUUUGUGUUCUUGAUACCAUUCAGAGAUUUGAACCCUAUCAUGGAGGAACAGUACAGCCUCUACAAGUUACUGUGUUACUUUUACCACCAGCUUGACCUGAGGACUGAAGAUGUCGAGGCCCUCGCUGGCUGUAAUGUCAUGUUCGUUUUUGAUGGUUUGGAUGAGAGUCAUCUCACACUGAACUUUGGAAGCAAUAAAAUGGUAUGUGAUGUAACAGAGAUGUCGUCUGUUGACCUGCUGAUUGUCAAUCUUAUCAUUGGAAACAUGCUUCCAUCUGCUCGCAUUUGGAUAACCUCCCGGCCAGCUGCAGCCCAUCAAGUACCCAGUAAACACUUUGACCUUGUGACGGAAGUGCGAGGGUUUAGUGAUGACCAGAAGGAGAAGUACUUCAGGAAGAGGGUCAGCAAUCAGGAGCAAGCCAGCAAAAUCAUUUCCCACAUUAAGAAAUUCAAGAGCCUUCACAUCAUGUGCCACAUCCCAGUCUUCUGCUGGGUAUCUGCAACCGUGCUUCAGCUCAUGUUAGACGAUGACCAAGAAGGAGAAGAAGCAGAUGGGCAAGAAGUGCCCACAACUCUGACAGGGAUGUACACAAACUUCAUGCUUUACCAGACUGACUUGAAACUUCAGAAGUACCCAGGGAGGUAUCGGAGCAAGCCACAGAAAUAUGCCAAUUAUUCUGAGGAAAUUCUGAAAUUAGCAGAGCUUGCUUACAAGAACCUCUUGAGAGAAAAAUUCAUAUUCUUCGAAAAAGAUCUGCAAGAGUCUGGCAUCGACGUCCAAGCCGCCUCUGUGUAUUCGGGGAUGUUUACUGAGAUUUUCAGAAAGGAGAAGACUUUGUUCAGGGCCAGGGCUUAUAGCUUUGUGCAUCUGAGCAUUCAGGAGUUUCUUGCUGCCUUGUAUGUCUUUUAUGCGCACAGCAUGACAAGGACAAAUCCUCUCCUUGAAAACACUGCUGACAAAUUGAAAUGGCUAGUGAAAAACAACCUCUUUGAUCUUCACAAAUCUGCCAUCAACAAGAGUUUACAGAGUGAGAGCGGACACCUGGAUCUAUUCCUCCGUUUCCUCCUCGGUAUCUCACUGGAGUCCAAUCAGACACUUCUGGUAAACAUCUUCCCACAGCUGAGGUCGACCGAAGGAGUUGAGAAAACAGUUCAGUUCAUCAAGCAGAAGAUCAAAAAGCAGAUCUCACCAGAAAGGAGCAUCAAUCUUCUCCACUGCCUGAACGAGAUGAAUGACAACUCCUUGGUGGAGGAGAUUAAGAGCUAUAUUAGAUCUAGAUCAGAUCAUCAGUUCACCCCUGUGGAAUGCACUGCCCUCGUUUAUCUACUCCUGAUGUCAACGGAUGACCUAGAGGAAUUUGACUUGAGGAAAUAUCUCAGGUCAGAUGAGGGUCUGAGGAGAACAAUACCACUAGUUGUUGCAUCCAGAAGAGCUUUGCUGAAAGACUGUAAUCUGACCAAACACAGCUGUGAGAUUCUGGCUAGUGCCCUCAGCUCCAGAAUGUCAUGCUUAACAGAACUAGACCUGAGUAACAAUAACCUGCAAGACACUGGAGUUUCGCUGCUAGCUCAGGGGCUUACGAGUCCAUUCUGCAAACUUCAGCUGCUCAAGCUGUGUGGGUGUCUUAUAACAGAAAAGGGGUGUUCAUCUCUGGCUUUUGCUCUGAGUUCAAACCUCUCACAGCUCAGAAAGCUGGACGUAAGUAAUAACCACAGCGGAGCGAAAGGAGUGAAGAUGAUCUUUGACAUAAUAGAAAACCCAAGCUACAAACUGGAAGGACUUACAGCAGACCAUUUUGGGGAGAUGCAAAUGAGGAAGAGCUUAUUGAGUUAUAUGUGUCGGCUCACUCUGGACCCCAACACUGCUCAUCGAUCUCUCUGUCUGACGGAUGAGGACAGGACGGUGUCGUGGAGCAUGAAGGAGAUCCCCUACAAUGACCAUCCAGACCGAUUCCAAACGUGGAAGCAAGUGAUGUGUCGAGAGGCGCUAUCUGGGCAGCAUUACUGGGAGGCCGAGUGGAGUGGGAGCGUGUUUGGGGUAAAUAUAGGGGUCACAUACAGAGGAAUCAGCAGGACUGGAGAGGCGAAUGUCUCCUUGGCAGGUCACAAUGACAAAUCCUGGAGUCUACAUUGCUCCAAUUACAGCUAUACUGCGUUGCACGAUGGCAAGAAAAUCGACCUCAGAAAAACACCAGACGACAACUUCAUUUCUGAGACGAUAGCGGUGUAUCUGGACUGGCCGGCUGGCACUCUGUCCUUCUACAGAGUCAGCACUGAUACUCUGAGCCACAUAUACACAUUCCAUACAAAGUUCACUGAGCCUGUCUACACUGUGUUCAGACUGAUCCAUCACUAUGCUGUGGUGUCCCUAUAGCUGAGCACAGACUGUUUUUGUGAGUAGACAAUUUUCUGUCCAUCUUCUAGCCUGAAAAGUCCAAAUCCUUAAGUCUCAUUCUCAACCUUUGAAAAUGUCCAAACUAAUAAGACAGUAUAAUACAAGAAAGUGGGAACAAUAUGCAUUGGAGCCAUUGAGUUUAGGGAUGCAUCUAAUAUUCGGCAGCUGAAAAUUUUGGGCCAAAACAGAAAGAAGGUUGAAUUUUUUACCUGAAAAAAACAAAAAAAAACAAAGAUGAAAUAAGCCUACGACAGUGUCAAAAUCUAAUACUGUACAAAUAAUUUUAACAUAAAUGUCAUGUUAACUGUUUUCUAUUUAUUUUCUGUUAUGUCCUGUUGAAAGGGGUCAACAAAAAGUGUUAUUUCUUCAAUAGCUCAUAUUUACUCUUUUAAUUCAGAAGAAUAAAUAAAAAUGCAAUUUAAAAAAAUCAA